AUGUACUGACAAUCGCCGAGUCCUCUGUGCAUCAUUUCACUUUGUAAGUGUGAACAUGCUCAACAAAAUAUACAUCCACACAGUUUAGGUUGGCACUUCUCUUGGGUGAUGGUUUCUGUGGCAUCCUAUUCAGCCCUGGUGCUAGUCAUGGCGACUUCUUGUUUCACAUCAUCAUCAGGGGUCUGCCCAGUUGACUUCACAGACACACGUGCUGAGACUGGAACAUGUCUGUUCUUCUCUGAUACACAGAAGAACUGGUACUCCGCACGACAUGACUGUGUUCGACGAGGUGGGGAACUUGUGCGUGUUACUUCUAAGGCCGUUGUAGAUGCCUGCCACGUGAAUAUGGCUUCGAAAGGAAAUGAGAUCUACUGGAUAGGAUUGAAUGACAUUAUCAUGGAAGGUGAUUAUCGAUGGCCGCACGGAGAUCCAUUAACGUGGUCUUACUGGGGUAGAUACGGCACUUCUCAACAACCCAAUGACGACUCUCGUGCACAGAACUGUCACAUGUGUGACAUCCGCCCACAAAUGAACCCAGUAAAUAGUUGGCAGGAUCGGGAGUGCUCGGCUGCUUACGCCUACAUAUGCGAAUACUUUCCAGAUGAAGACCGUGCCAUGCACGCAGGAAACUUCAGGCUGAGAACUGACGCCAAUAGUCCCGACAACAUGGAGAUCACGUCAACCCUUGCAUGUUCACAUCGUUAUCAGUGUGCGGCUGUGUGUCUGCUGGAAGACAUAUGCGAUGGUUUUGCAUUUAACACAGCCUUGUCCAAAUGUUUUUUUCUAGAACUAAAAGAAAAUAGUGCCUCAGAAAGAAAUUCUGUUCGAUCAGCGAUAGGUGUUAGUAAGGUGUUCAUUCGCAUUGGAUGAGAAAUGUACACAUUUAUUGCAAUUACGUGCAGUAGUUUUUUGGUAAUUGUAAAAUAUAAUUCUCGAAGAUUAUACAAUUAAAAUUCGUUUGAAGAUUGUUUUGAUCGAUGUUGCAAUUGAUGCAACCUCGAUUAUCCCGUGAAUUAUAUAUGGAUCAUCAUUCUAUAAUGAUACAUUCCAUGGACUCAUUCGCCACUGUACCAUUGAUUUUUAUAAAACACGUCCAAUCAAAUCACACUGCUCACCAGUCAUGAUCAGCAGUACUCGAAUCAAUUUUAGGGUUCCAUGCAGUCUCAAAUACAACACGACCUCCUACCCUUUGUCGCAGUACUCAUGAAAAGAUUAUUCAUAUAAAGCUCAAGUUCUGAUUCUGUUACAUAUAUCGAGGGUUCAGUCAAACGACUGAAUUAUUUAUUUAUAAAAACACUCAUUCUCAAUCCAUGACAUUAAUUUAAUGUAUGUAUUAUGUAAUGAUAUAAAAUAGAUAAUUCAUGCCUAAUUCAAUCGAUAUUUAGUGUCAUAGCAAAAUGAUCAAUGAAUUGUAGUUGACCCACAAUUGACCCAUACGUAUCUGUACUAGUGUGUAAACAUUUGUUAUUCUAAUUCCUUUUUCUGAACUUCUGAUGAAGACCUUAUAUUGGUGUAACAUCAUAGGUGUUAACGUUUAUUAUUCUAAUAUGCAGGCCCAAGACGUUUAGCACUUCGGUGAAACCCACGAGCACGGGUAUGGUGCUAACAAAUCUAGAAACAUAAUCGGGGUGAGCCGGGAUUCGAACCCACAAUAACAGCUUUCUGGCUUGCGCAAGGGACAUUUGGUAUUCUAAUUCAUUCCAAUGAAGAUCUUGUGUUAGUGUAAACAUUCCGGGUGUUAACAUUUGAUAUUCUUAUUCCUUCUAAUGAACGCCAUAUAUUAGUGUAAACAUUCUAUGUGUGUAAUUUAAUAUGCUAAUCCAUUUAAGUGAAGACCGUGUAUUAGUGUAAACAUUAUAUGUGUUUAAUUUAAUAUUCUAAUUCAUUACAGUGAAGAGUGAGUGAGUUAAAAUUUUACAUCGCAUCGGCAGUACUGCAGCCAUAUCGCGAUUAUUCCAGUGAAGACCUUGUAUUAGUGUAUUAGUGUAAACAUUACAUGUGUAAACACUUGAUAUUCUUAUUCCUGCGAAUGAAGACCCUGUAGUAGUGUAAACAUUCUAUGUGUUUAAUUUAAUAUUCUUAUUCCUGCGAAUGAAGACCUUGUAGUAGUAUAAACAUUCUAUGUGUUUAAUUUGAUAUUCUAAUUCAUUCCAAUGAACACCCUGAAUAAGUUUAAACAUUCUUUGUGUGAAUUAUUUUUAUUCUACUUCUUUCUUA